AUGGGGGCUGAGCUCAGCCCUGGCAAGGCAGCCUCUCCCUGUGCUCCCUCCAGCAUCGGGAAACACCUCCCUGAGGGGCGAGCCAGGAUUGCUGCCUCCCACAGCACAUUGAUCCCGUCAUCUCGGCUGAGAAUGCCAGCCACGGAGCUGAUUAAUGCCGGGCGGGGGCACCGGGAGAGCGGGGGGGGGGGACCCGCCCGCUCCUCACGAACCGGGGGCGGCCGGUGGGGACGCGCCCGCUCCCUCCGCGGCCGCUGGGUAGCGCUCGGGGCCGCGCCGUCUCCCCGCCUCCCCGGCUCGGGCUGCCCCCGGCUCCGCCGAGCCCCGCCGCCGCCGCUCACUCCGCCGCCGCACAGCGCAGGAGGAGCAGCAGCAGCGGCCGGAGCGCCGAGAGGGAUCGGCGCGGCGCCGCCAGCCCGCCAGCCGCGCGCCGCCAGCGGCUCCGAGCGGGACCCCGCGCCGCCGCCCGCCGCCGCCGCACUUUCCCCCGCUGCCCGCCGGGGACGGAUCCUCUCUCUGCCGCCCGGAGCCGCCUAG